AUGUCACGGCUGCUGAUAAACCCAUCAUUAAGGCCUCUGGUAAACAGCUCGAACAAUGCUGUGGCCAGACCUGCUGUUCACAUGGCUCAGUCACGUACUGUGUACGUUCCACCAGGAGGAAAGUCAGUGUUACCGAAAAGAGCACUUCGAAAACUACUUCCUGGUAAGAUGAGACCCCAUAUUUAUUACAAAUUCGACUGUGUGGUCGAGCUGUCAGAUGGUUCAACUAUCACUCGAAGAUCGCAAUUCCCCAAGGUCGAAUGGAGAUACAUUGCUGAUCAGAGAAACAAUCCUACUUGGAACCCAUCAAAGGCCAAUAUCAAGGCCGUCGAAGCCGAUGCUACUGGUAGAUUAGCCAAGUUCAAGAAGAAGUUCGGCGACUUUGAUUCUCUAGCAAGUGGCACUAGUGCUGAGGCCAAGACUACAAAAGCUCCUGCCAACGAUUCGACAUCCACAUCUGCCGAAAACACAGCCAGCACCUCUUCUUCAUCUGCCGACGACUUCCUCGAUUUACUAUCCGAAAACGUCGUACCCGUCCAAACCGGAGGACGACUAUCAUCGUCCAUCAAAAAGACGAAAAAGAAGAAAUAA